AAAGCAACACCAGAAGAAGCCACAACAGAAGAAGAAACAACAGAAGAAGCCACAACAGAAGAAGCAACGAAAGAAAAAGCAACUCCACAAGAAGACACAACAGAAGAAGAAACCACAGAAGAAGAAAUAACCGCGAUAUCCACAUCAGAAAAGGACUCAUCGAAGGAAGAACAAACAGAGAAACCCAAAUCAGAAGAAAAAGAUGGCACGACUGAAGAAUCACAGACAUGGACACUACAAGAAGAAGAAACAUCAAAAGAAUACCCAACAGAGAAACCUAAAUCAGAAGAAGAUACAGCGAUUGAAGAACCAACAAAGAAACCGCAAUCCGCAGAGGAAAUAUCAAUAGACAAACCAACAGAGCAUCCAAAAUCAGAAAAAGAAGAAGACAAAAUUGAAGAAUCACAGACAUGGACAGCACUUGAAGAAGGAUUAACUGAAGAAUACCCAACAGAGAAACCUAAAUCAGAAGAAGAUACAGCGAUUGAAGAACCAACAAAGAAACCCCAAUCCGCAGAAGAAACAUCAAUAGACGAACCAACAGAGAAUCCAAAAGAAGAAGACAAAACUGAAGAAACACAGACAUGGACACCACUUGAAGAAGAAUUAACUGAAGAAUACCCAACAGAGAAACCUAAAUCAGAAGAAGAUACAGCGAUUGAAGAACCAACAAAGAAACCCCCAUCCGCAACAGAAGCAACAGUAGACGAACCAACAGAGAAUCCAAAAUCAGAAAAAGAAGAAGACAAAACUGAAGAAACACAGAAAUGGACACCACUUGAAGUAACUGAAGAAUACCCAACAGAGAAGCCUAAAUCAGAAGAAGAUAAAGCGGUUGAAGAACCAACAAAGAAACCCCCAUCCGCAACAGAAGCAACAGUAGACGAACCAACAGAGAAUCCAAAAUCAGAAAAAGAAGAAGACAAAACUGAAGAAACACAGAAAUGGACACCACUUGAAGUAACUGAAGAAUACCCAACAGAGAAGCCUAAAUCAGAAGAAGAUAAAGCGGUUGAAGAACCAACAAAGAAACCCCCAUCCGCAGAAGAAACAUCAAUAGAUGAACCAACAGAGAAUCCAAAAUCAGAAAAAGAAGAAGACAAAACUGAAGAAACACAGACAUGGACACCGCCUGAAGUAACUGAAGAAUACCCAACAGAGAAGCCUAAAUCAGAAGAAGAUAAAGCGGUUGAAGAACCAACAAAGAAACCCCCAUCCGCAACAGAAGCAACAGUAGACGAACCAACAGAGAAUCCAAAAUCAGAAAAAGAAGAAGACAAAACUGAAGAAACACAAAAAUGGACACCACUUGAAGUAACUGAAGAAUACCCAACAGAGAAGCCUAAAUCAGAAGAAGAUAAAGUGGUUGAAGAACCAACAAAGAAACCCCCAUCCGCAACAGAAGCAACAGUAGACGAACCAACAGAGAAUCCAAAAUCAGAAAAAGAAGAAGACAAAACUGAAGAAACACAGAAAUGGACACCACUUGAAGUAACUGAAGAAUACCCAACAGAGAAGCCUAAAUCAGAAGAAGAUAAAGCGGUUGAAGAACCAACAAAGAAACCCCCAUCCGCAACAGAAGCAACAGUAGACGAACCAACAGAGAAUCCAAAAUCAGAAAAAGAAGAAGACAAAACUGAAGAAACACAGAAAUGGACACCACUUGAAGUAACUGAAGAAUACCCAACAGAGAAGCCUAAAUCAGAAGAAGAUAAAGCGGUUGAAGAACCAACAAAGAAACCCCCAUCCGCAACAGAAGCAACAGUAGACGAACCAACAGAGAAUCCAAAAUCAGAAAAAGAAGAAGACAAAACUGAAGAAACACAGAAAUGGACACCACUUGAAGUAACUGAAGAAUACCCAACAGAGAAGCCUAAAUCAGAAGAAGAUAAAGCGGUUGAAGAACCAACAAAGAAACCCCCAUCCGCAACAGAAGCAACAGUAGACGAACCAACAGAGAAUCCAAAAUCAGAAAAAGAAGAAGACAAAACUGAAGAAACACAGAAAUGGACACCACUUGAAGUAACUGAAGAAUACCCAACAGAGAAGCCUAAAUCAGAAGAAGAUAAAGCGGUUGAAGAACCAACAAAGAAACCCCCAUCCGCAACAGAAGCAACAGUAGACGAACCAACAGAGAAUCCAAAAUCAGAAAAAGAAGAAGACAAAACUGAAGAAACACAGAAAUGGACACCACUUGAAGUAACUGAAGAAUACCCAACAGAGAAGCCUAAAUCAGAAGAAGAUAAAGCGGUUGAAGAACCAACAAAGAAACCCCCAUCCGCAACAGAAGCAACAGUAGACGAACCAACAGAGAAUCCAAAAUCAGAAAAAGAAGAAGACAAAACUGAAGAAACACAGAAAUGGACACCACUUGAAGUAACUGAAGAAUACCCAACAGAGAAGCCUAAAUCAGAAGAAGAUAAAGCGGUUGAAGAACCAACAAAGAAACCCCCAUCCGCAACAGAAGCAACAGUAGACGAACCAACAGAGAAUCCAAAAUCAGAAAAAGAAGAAGACAAAACUGAAGAAACACAGACAUGGGCACCACUUGAUGAAGAAUUAACUAACGAAUACCCAACAGAGAAACCUAAAUCAGAAGAAGAUAAAGCGAUUGAAGAACCAACAAAGAAACCCCCAUCCGCAACAGAAGCAACAGUAGACGAACCAACAGAGAAUCCAAAAUCAGAAAAAGAAGAAGACAAAACUGAAGAAACACAGAAAUGGACACCACUUGAAGUAACUGAAGAAUACCCAACAGAGAAGCCUAAAUCAGAAGAAGAUAAAGCGGUUGAAGAACCAACAAAGAAACCCCCAUCCGCAACAGAAGUAACAGUAGACGAACCAACAGAGAAUCCAAAAUCAGAAAAAGAAGAAGACAAAACUGAAGAAACACAGAAAUGGACACCACUUGAAGUAACUGAAGGAUACCCAACAGAGAAGCCCAAAUCAGAAGAAGAUAAAGCGGUUGAAGAACCAACAAAGAAACCCCAAACCCCAGUAACUGAAGAAUACCCUACAGAGAAACCUAAAUCAGAAGAAGAUAAAGCGAUUGAAGAACCGACAAAGAUACCCCAAUCCGCAGAAGAAACAUCAAUAGACAAACCAACAGAGAAUCCAAAAUCAGAAAAAGAAGAAGACAAAACAGAAGAAACACAGACAUGGAGACCAUUUGAACAAGAAGUAACUGAAGAAUACCCAACAGAGAAACCUAAAUCAGAAGAAGAUAAAGCGAUUGAAGAACCAACAAAGAAACCCCCAUCCGCAACAGAAGCAACAGUAGACGAACCAACAGAGAAUCCAAAAUCAGAAAAAGAAGAAGACAAAACUGAAGAAACACAGAAAUGGACACCACUUGAAGUAACUGAAGAAUACCCAACAGAGAAGCCUAAAUCAGAAGAAGAUAAAGCGGUUGAAGAACCAACAAAGAAACCCCAAACCCCAGUAACUGAAGAAUACCCAACAGAGAAACCUAAAUCAGAAGAAGAUAAUGCGAUUGAAGAACCGACAAAGAAACCCCAAUCUGCAGAAGAAACAUCAAUAGACGAACCAACAGAGAAUCCAAAAUCAGAAAAAGAAGAUGACACAACUGAAGAAACACAGACAGGGACACCACAAGAAGAAGAAACAUCAGAAGAAUACCAUCCAGAGAAACCUAAAUUAGAAAAAGAUACAGCGAUUGAAGAGCAAACAGAGAAACUCAAAUCGGCAGAAGAAACAUCAAAGAAAGAAACAACAGAGAACCAUAAAGCUACGGAAGAAACAUCGAAAAAAGAACCAACAGAGAACCCCAAGUCAGCAGAAGACACAUGGAAGACACCACCAGCAGCUAAUCCCAAACCAGCAAAAGAAACAUCGAAGAAAGAACCAAUAAAGAUCCCCAAGUCAGCAGAAAACACAUGGAAGAAACAACCAGCAGCUAAUCCCAAACCAGCAAAAGAAACAUCGAAGAAAGAACCAAUAAAGAUGCCCAAGUCAGCAGAAGACAUAUGGAAGAAACAACCAGCAGCUAAUCCCAAACCAGCAAAAGAAACAUCGAAGGUAAACCCAACAGAGAAAUCCAAGUCAGCAGAAGACACAUGGAAGAAACAACCAGCAGCUAACCCCAAACCAGCAAAAGAAACAUCGAAGAAAGAACCAAUAAAGAUCCCCAAGUCAGCAGAAGACACAUGGAAGAAACAACCAGCAGCUAACCCCAAACCAGCAAAAGAAACAUCGAAGGUAAACCCAACAGAGAAACCCAAGUCAGCAGAAGACAUAUGGAAGAAACAACCAGCAGCUAAUCCCAAACCAGCAAAAGAAACAUCGAAGAAAGAACCAACAGAGAAACCCAAGUCAGCAGAAGACACAUGGAAGAAACAACCAGCAGCUAAUCCCAAACCAGCAAAAGAAACAUCGAAGAAAGAACCAACAGAGAACCCCAAGUCAGCAGAAGACACAUGGAAGAAACAACCAGCAGCUAAUCCCAAACCAGCAAAAAAAACAUCGAAGAAAGAACCAAUAAAGAUCCCCAAGUCAGCAGAAGACACAUGGAAGAAACAACCAGCAGCUAAUCCCAAACCAGCAAAAGAAACAUCGAAGAAAGAACCAAUAAAGAUGCCCAAGUCAGCAGAAGACACAUGGAAGAAACAACCAGCAGCUAAUCCCAAACCAGCAAAAGAAACAUCGAAGAAAGAACCAAUAAAGAUCCCCAAGUCAGCAGAAGACACAUGGAAGAAACAACCAGCAGCUAAUCCCAAACCAGCAAAAAAAACAUCGAAGAAAGAACCAAUAAAGAUCCCCAAGUCAGCAGAAGACACAUGGAAGAAACAACCAGCAGCUAAUCCCAAACCAGCAAAAGAAACAUCGAAGAAAGAACCAAUAAAGAUGCCCAAGUCAGCAGAAGACACAUGGAAGAAACAACCAGCAGCUAAUCCCAAACCAGCAAAAGAAACAUCGAAGAAAGAACCAAUAAAGAUUCCAAGGUCAGCAGAAGACACAUGGAAGAAACAACCAGCAGCUAAUCCCAAACCAGCAAAAGAAACAUCGAAGAAAGAACCAAUAAAGAUGCCCAAGUCAGCAGAAGACACAUGGAAGAAACAACCAGCAGCUAAUCCCAAACCAGCAAAAGAAACAUCGAAGAAAGAACCAACAGAGAAACCCAAGUCAGUAGAAGACACAUGGAAGAAACAACCAGCAGCUAAUCCCAAACCAGCAAAAGAAACAUCGAAGAAAGAACCAAUAAAGAUGCCCAAGUCAGCAGAAGACACGUGGAAGAAACAACCAGCAGCUAAUCCCAAACCAGCAAAAGAAACAUCGAAGAAACAACCAACAGAAAAACCCAAGUCAGCAGAAGACACAUCGAAGAAACAACCCACAGAUAAACCCAAGUCAGCAGAAGGCACAUCGAAGGAAAACACAACAGAGAAACCCAAAGCUACGGAAGAAACAUCGAAGAAAGAACCAACAGAGAAACACAAAUCAGCAGAAGAAUACAGAUCGAAGGAAGAAUCAACAGAAAAACCAAAAUCUGAAGAGGAAAAAUCAGAGGUAACAACAGAAAAGGCCAAUUUGGUGGUAGAGAAAGCAAAAGAAAAAUUGGAUGAAUCAACAACCAAAAAGCCAAAAUCUAAAGAAGAAAGUUCUGAAAAAUCAACAACAGAAAAAGAAAGUUCUGAAGAAGAAAAAGCCUUCUUGGCAACAACUAAAUCUGUAGAAGAGAAAACAACAAAAAUUUUAGAAGAAGCAACAAACAAAAACCCUAUAUCGGAAAAAUCUGAUGAAAGACCAGAAAACGAACGUUCUGAAGAACAGGAAGCGGAAGAAAAAUCAGAAGAAGCAACAAUGGGAAAACCUAAAUCUAAAGAAGAGGAAACGGAAGAAACAUCUAAAAAAUCAAGAUCAGAAAAGGAAAAAUUUUAUGAAGACGAAACGAAAGAAAAAUCAGAAGUUGCAACAAUGGAAAAAACUAAAUCUGAAGAAGAGGAAGAGGAAGCGAAAGAAACAUCUGAAAAAUCUGAUGAAGAGAAAACGGAAGAAAAAUCAGUGGAAGCAACAAUGGAAAACCCAAAAUCUGAAGAAGAAAAUUUUACAGAAACAUCUGAAAAAUCAACAUCAGAUAUAGAGAAAACAGAUGAAAAUUCCGAGGAAGCAACAAUGGAAAAACCUAAAUCUGAAGAAGAGGCAGCGGAAGAAGCAUCUAAAAAAUCAAGAUCAGAAAACGAACAAUUUUAUGAAGACGAAACGAAAGAAAAAUCCGAAGUUGCAACAAUGGAAAAAACUAAAUCUGAAGAAGAGGAAGAGGAAGCGAAAGAAACAUCUGAAAAAUCUGAUGAAGAGAAAACGGAAGAAAAAUCAGAGGAAACAACAAUGGAAAAAUACAAACCUGAAGAAGAAAACUCUUAGAAAAUCUGAAAAAUCAACAGCAGAAAAUAAGAAAUUUUAUGAUAACCAAAAAAGUAAAGCUAAAAAAACGAAAAAUUAAAAGAAAAC